AUGUCCGCAGCGAACAUCAACCCGAAGAAAGUCGCACUGCUGAAGCAGAUCAGAGGCCUCAUCGACUGUUUAGUCAAUAUCAAGGAUGAGACUGGAGAGUUCUUGAUGACUCUGGAGGAUGGCAGAGUCAUCGACACGAAGGGUUGGAACGAUUGGGAGUGGACACAUGGAGUAGGACUAUACGGCCUCUUGAAGUUCCACGAGAUCACAGGAGAUGAAGAAGCGCUACGCAUCUCCCUUCUCUGGUUCAAGGACCGUUUCGAGAUCGGCACGACGAAGAACGUCAACACGAUGUCUCCCCUGCUCACUGCAGCAUACCUCCACGAAGCCAAGCAUGCAGACUACCUCGCACAUCUCGAUUCAUGGGCGGAGUGGGUCAUGUACGACAUGCCACGGACGGAAGAGGGAGGUCUGCAACACAUCACGUACCUCGUCGACAACCACCAGCAACUAUGGGACGAUACGCUCAUGAUGACUGUCCUUCCCCUGACGAAGAUCGGUCUCGUCUUGGGGCGACAGGAAUACAUCGAAGAGGCGAAGAGGCAGUUCUUGCUUCAUAUCAAGUAUUUGGCUGACCCGCAGACCGGAUUAUGGUUCCAUGGUUGGACGUUCGACGGCCGUCAUCACUUCGGAAAGGCCCUGUGGGGGCGAGGGAACUGCUGGAUCACAGUCUCCAUCCCAGACUUCAUCGAGCUCCUGAAACUACCACCAACGGAUGGUGUUCGCCUCUUCCUCACUUCAGCCCUCAAAGCCCAGAUCGACGCACUGGUGAAGUAUCAAGACCAGUCGACCGGCCUCUGGCAUACCAUCCUCGACGACCCGACAUCGUACCUAGAAGCAUCCGCGACGGCCGGUUUUGCGUACGGAAUCCUGAAGGCUCUGAGGAUGCGUUUGAUACCUAAGGAGGAGCGGUAUCUGAAGGCGGCGGAGAAGGCGGUGAAGGGCGUGAUGGAUAAUAUUUCGGAGAAGGGAGAGUUACAGAAGGUGUCGUUCGGGACGCCGGUGUUUGAUGAUGCAGAGGAGUACAAGAAGAUCCCGUUGACGUCGAUGCCUUACGGGCAGUCGCUAGCAUUACUGGCACUUACGGAAUAUUUGCGCACCUUUUUGUAG